CGGCGGGGAUUGCUGGUGGCGCCGGCCAUGCAGUCCUGGCGCGCGUCCUCUUGCCGGCGUGUUGCGGCGAGAAGACGGCUUUGUGAGCGGUGUGCGCUAAGCCCUCAAGUACAGGAAGCCUAGGGAUGUGUAAGCUUCAAGGGUUUAAUUAGAUGUCUAUUUUCUUCAAAAUGGGUUUUAGUGUCACUUUCUUGAGACCUUUUACCAGGCUGUUGGCGCCAUUUACUCUUACUAGGAAGAGAAGGAAUUUGCAUUCAGCGAUUCUACAAAGAUACAUAUCUCCCAAAAUACCUGCUUUGUCCUAUUCUAGUAAGACUAGUGCAUCCCCUCCUGGAGAGCUAGAGUUGGAUGGGUGGAAAACUACAAUGAAAUCCAGCAUUGAAGGAGGAGGUGUUUUGACAGUCUCAAACAAGGAUGAAGAUAGUCUGGCUGCCACCAGAGAAUUAAUCGAGAUGUGGAGACUGCUUGGCAAAGAAGUACCAGAACACAUCACUGAAGAAGAGCUCAAAACUAUUGUGGAAUGUGCUUCUAAAUCAUCCAAAAAAAAAUAUUUAAAAUAUUUGUAUACUAAGGAAAAACUGAAAAAAGCUAAGCAGGUAAAAAAGAAAGUGAAAGCAGAGGCAAGGGAAGAAGCAAUGAGAGCCAGGUUGCUCGAAAGCCCUGAAGGAGAUAAGCAGCAAGACUUUUUUUUCCUCCGACUGUGGGACAGACAAAUGAGCACUGCCAUGAACUGGAAGAAUGCCCAGGCUAUGCAGUUUGGACAACCUCUGGUUUUUGAUAUGGCUUAUGAUAAGUACAUGAAACCCAAAGAACUAAACAAUACUAUUUCUCAACUUUUAGAAUGUGAAGGAUGGAACAGAAGAGAUGUUGAUCCUUUCCAUAUCUAUUUCUGCAGUCUUAAAGUAGAUGGUGUCUACCAUACAGAACUGGCUAAACGUUAUGGAGAAAAAUGGGACAAAUUGCUCUUAACAGCAACAGAAAAAUCUCAUGUAGAUUUAUUUCCAAAGAACAAGAUUAUAUAUUUAACUGCAGAUUCUCCCAAUGUUAUGACUACUUUUAAGCAUGAUAAAAUUUAUGUGAUUGGAUCAUUUGUUGAUAAAGAUUUGCAACCAGGCACAUCUCUAGCAAAGGCAAAACGUCUAAAUCUAGCAACAGAAUGCCUUCCAUUAGAUAAAUAUUUACAGUGGUCUAUUGGUAACAAAAAUCUCACCUUAGACCAAAUGAUCCGAAUCUUGCUGUGUCUGAAAAACACCGGAAGCUGGGAAGAAGCUCUGAAGUUUGUUCCCAGGAGAAAACAUAGUGGUUAUCUGGAGAUUUCUCAGCAUUCUCAAGAGUUUGUCAACAAGUUAAAGAAGAUAAAGACUUCUAAUUCAUUUCGAAAGCACUAUUCAAAUGUACAUACACAGGAAAGGUGACCUCAGAAAAUUUAAUAGCAUAAAACAGAUUGGAAGUACAGUUCUAAUAAUGUAUUCUUGAGUUAAGUUCAUUUUCUCUUAAAGGUAGUUUCUCCAGACUACGAUAAGAUAAGAUAAGAUAGAUAGAUAGAUUUUUUUUAAGACAAGUUUGAUAAACUUGAAGUAAGCCCAUUAAAACAGUUAUGCCAUGCCA